AUGAAGAAGUCUCUGGUUGCCGGCCUGGUGCUCGUCUUGGUGGCCCUUUUGGCGUUUUUCCUAGUUCUGAUCAUCUGGGUUGGAGAUAAAAAUUCCACCAGCAGCUCCGGUCAUUUCUACUCGAGAGCGGCUGUAGCAGCCGACGCUGGGAAGUGCUCCGAAAUCGGCAGGGAUAUACUGAAGCGUAACGGUUCAGCAGUGGACGGCUCCAUCGCGGCUCUGCUGUGUGUCGGCCUGCUGAACGCUCACAGUAUGGGACUCGGAGGAGGACUGUUCUUCAUCAUCUAUAACGCUUCGACAGGGAAGGUGGAGACCAUCGACGCCAGAGAAACAGCGCCCAUGAACGCCACAGCAGACAUGUUUGGGAACAACACGCAGCUCUCACGAAGAGGAGGAUUAUCCAUUGCCAUUCCCGGUGAGAUCCGUGGGUACGAGCUGGCACACCGGCGGCAUGGCCGUCUGCCCUGGAAGGAACUGUUUGAGCCGAGCAUCGAGCUGGCACGCAGUGGGUUUCCUGUCGGCCGAGCUUUAGCUAACGCUAUAGAAAGGAACCAGGAGUUUAUUCUGAGUGAUGUGGCCCUGUGUGAAGUUUUCUGUAAUGCUAAUAAAACCAUCCUGAGAGAAAAUGAUAUUAUCAGAUUUCCUCGACUUGCUGAUACGUACCAGAUGAUCGCUGAGGGAGGACCUGAUGUUUUUUAUAAGGGAGCCGUGGCUAACACAAUAGUGAAGGACGUCCAGGCUGCAGGUGGAAUUAUAACUCUGGAGGACCUGAUGGGAUAUAAACCGGUGUUAAAUGAAAACCCACCCAGGCUAAACAUCGGUGAAUACACAGUCCACGUCCCUGAUGCUCCGUCCAGCGGCCCGGUGCUAGCGCUAAUUCUCAAAAUAUUAGAUGGUUACAAUUUCUCACCCGGAAGUGUGUCGACGGCGGAGAGGAAGACGCUAACGUAUCACCGUAUCGUCGAGGCUUUCCGCUUCGCCUUCGCUAAGAGAAGCAAGCUAGGCGAUCCACGCUACCUCAACAUCACCGACCUCAUCCACAACAUGACCUCAGAUUACUUUGCAGCUGAUAUUCGGAGGAAGAUCUCAGAUGACACCACUCAUCCCGACAGCUACUACGAGCCUGAGUACUUCGUCCCUGAUAAUCACGGGACGGCUCACCUAUCCAUCAUCGCUGAGGACGGGAGCGCGGUGGCAGCGACGAGCACCAUCAACCUGUAUUUUGGAUCAAAAGUGAUGUCGCGCUCGACUGGUAUCAUCUUUAAUGAUGAGAUGGAUGAUUUCAGCUCACCGUACAUCACCAACGACUUUGAGAUCCCACCGUCUCCCAAUAACGUCAUCCAGCCAGGUAAGAGGCCGCUCUCGUCCAUGUGCCCCACCAUCAUUUUCGACAAACAGAACAAAGUUAAACUGGUGGUCGGAGCUUCUGGAGGGACGCAGAUCACUACAGCAACAGCUCUGGUGAUCCUGAACUCUCUCUUCUUCAACUACGACCUGAAGAAAGCCGUGACGGAACCUCGCCUUCACAAUCAGCUCAACCCCAACACAACCAUCGUGGAGCAGGACUUUGAGAAGGCUGUGAUAGAUGGUCUAACACAGAAGAACCACGUGACCGAGUUGAUGAGGAGUCCCGGUGCGGUGGUCCAGGCCGUGCUGAGGCAGGGAGAUCUGAUCUACGCUGAAUCCGAUCCCAGGAAAGGAGGACUUCCGGCAGGCUACUGA